AUGGCGGCGCCUUUGAGGAUUCAGAGCGACUGGGCUCAAGCCCUCAGGAAGGAUGAAGGGGAGGCCUGGCUGAGCUGUCACCCCCCAGGGAAACCAACUUUGUAUGGCAGCCUAACUUGUCAAGGAAUUGGCCCCGAUGGUAUCCCAGAGAUUACAGCUUCAGAAGGAUUCAUUGUGAAUGAAAUAAGCAAGAAAAGCAUUCAUAUUUCAUGUCCAAAAGAAAAUGCAUCUUCGAAGUUUUUGACACCAUACACUACUUUUUCCAGAAUUCAUACAAAGAGUAUAACGUGCCUGGACAUUUCCAGUGGAGGAGGCCUCGGAGUGUCUUCUAGUGCUGAUGGGAGCAUGAAAAUCUGGCAGGCUUCCAAUGGAGAGCUCAGAAGAGUAUUGGAAGGACAUGUGUUUGAUGUGAAUUGUUGCAGGUUUUUCCCAUCAGGCCUUGUGGUUCUGAGUGGGGGAAUGGAUGCCCAGCUGAAGAUCUGGUCAGCUGAAGAUGCUAGCUGUGUGGCAACCUUCAAAGGUCACAAAGGAGGUAUCCUAGAUACAGCCAUUAUUGAUCGGGGGAGGAAUGUGUUAUCUGGUUCUCGAGAUGGAACAGCACGACUUUGGGAUUGUGGGCGCUCAGCCUGCCUGGGAGUCAUUGCAGAUUGUGGUUCUUCCAUCAACGGAGUGGCUGUGGGUGCUGCUGACAACUCCAUCAACCUCGGCUGCCCUGAGCAGGUGCCCAGUGAACGGGAGGUUGGAACAGAAUCGAAAAUGCUGCUGUUGGCCCGGGAAGAUAAGAAGCUUCAGUGCUUGGGACUACGGAGCAGGCAGCCGGUAUUCCUCUUUAUUGGCUCAGAUGCCUUCAACUGCUGUACUUUUCUCUCUGGCUUCUUGCUCUUGGCUGGGACACAGGAUGGAAACAUUUAUCAGCUGGAUGUGAGAAGUCCAAGGGAUCCAGUUCAAGUCCUCCACAGAUCAGGAGCACCAGUUCUAUCCCUGCUGAGGUUCAGAGACGGAUUCAUUGCUAGCCAAGGUGAUGGAAGCUGUUUCAUUGUCCAGCAAGACUUAGACCAUGUCAUUGAGCUCACUGGGGCUGACUGUGACCCUGUGUACAAGGUAGCCACGUGGGAGAAGCAGAUCUACACAUGCUGCCGAGAUGGCCUGGUGCGGCGCUAUCAGCUCUCUGACCUCUGA